AUGUACUCUACACGUAACAACAAGCAGCAGGUGGUGGGCUUCUCGAACCCUCAAGCCCAACUCGCGCCUUUCUUUGGUCCUGGCAUGGGCCCAUCACCUCUGGUCGUUGGUUCUGCCCCUGUUUUGCCUCCGGCCAUGUUCUCUGAGCCGGUUAAUCCGCAUGAAGGUUACGAGAAAAGGACGAAGGGAUUAAAGAGGCCGGAUCAGCCUCAUCGGCCCAUUCCUCCCCCUUGUGAGGAGCCGGCAGAGGUGACCGUCAAGUUGGCCACCUGCAAAAAUACAGCCAACUAUGCCGGACGCGUGGUUGGGAGUAUCAACCCUCUUUGGACGGUUGCUGAGCUCAAGCAACAUUUCGAGCUCCAGGCCAACCUCGGUGGGAUCCCCGCCAACAAGCAGGCCCUCCGGAUGGAGCGUCCUGCGAUUCCAGGGUUCGAUUCUGCAGAGUCUUUGGACGAUGUCGUCGUCCUCAAGUACAUUGGGGUUGACCGGGGUGCUCCGGUCUGUGUCAUCUGGCUAGAGCGUCGCAUGGAAAGUGGUGGUAUUCCGGCCAUGACAGUGGCUCCAGCCGGGGCUCCGACUGGCCUGCAGCAGUUGUUCCAGUUUUCGACUACCGAGGGGAAUCAAGCCCAACACCAUGUACAGCUUCAAUUCCAACAACUCCAGCACCAACAACAACAACAACGGCAUCGACUACAGCUCCGACAACAAGUCCAAUACCAACAGCGGGUACGGCAGCGUGUUCUCCAAGAGGAGAAAAACACCGUUACCGGCUUCCAAGGCCCUAUCGUGAGGCCAAGCCAGGUACGGAGCGGUGGUGCUGUGGCUGGAGUUGUUGGUCCGACUCCCCAGGAAGCACCCAGACAGGCUGGGUCCAAUGAACCUGCAGGUUUAAGACAACGGGAACCUCCGCGAGCGUGGCGCCAGUCAAACCACCAUCAACAACGGCAUCACCCUUUUCAGAGGCCGAAAGACCAACACCGGGUCAGCAAACCGCAGGGGCAACGUUCCAAGCCACAGCAGCAGCAGCAGCAGCAGCAGCAGGAGCGAGCUCUCCCAGCGGAGAAUUCUGUGGUGACGCUGGGGCUGCCAGGGGUCAGUGCCACCGAGCUGAAGCAAUACCAGCAGCAACGUGAACCCCAGCAAACCCUGGGGCAGAUGUGGGCGGAUCUUGAUGACUCCCCUAUUGUCGUCGACAAUGGACAUGAAAUCGACGACGACAACGGUUUUCUCAACGUCCUGCGUCACAUCCGUCCGGAAUCCGACGUCUCUGCCAUUAUUAAUGGCUCUCGGAUUCUGACCCAGCGGCGGCAGCGACAACCGCAAUGA